AUGCUUUCCAGUCGCUUAAUAUCACGAGCUGUUGCUCGCCCGGCUUUCCAGAAGUCUACGCUCCCCAGCGUCGUCGCUUCCUCCUCGCUGUCGCGAUUCAGCCGUGGAUAUGCCUCUUCAGCUGAGGAGAAGGAUCUCGUUGUUAUCGGUGGCGGCGUUGCUGGCUACGUCGCUGCUAUCAAGGCUGGACAAGAGGGCAUGAAGGUUACCUGCAUUGAGAAGCGUGGCUCCCUCGGCGGUACCUGUUUGAACGUCGGCUGCAUUCCCUCAAAAUCUCUCCUUAACAACUCGCAUCUCUAUCACCAGAUCCUCCAUGACACCAAGGCCCGCGGUAUCGAGGUCGGCGAGGUCAAGCUUAACCUGGCCAACUUCAUGAAGGCCAAGGAGACUUCCGUCAGCGGUCUCACCAAGGGUAUCGAGUACCUCUUCAAGAAGAACGGCGUCGAGUACAUCAAGGGUGCUGGUUCUUUCGUCAACGAGCAUGAGAUCAAGGUCGACCUCAACGAGGGCGGUGAGACCAGCGUUCGCGGCAAGAACAUUCUUAUUGCUACUGGUUCCGAGGCCACUCCUUUCCCCGGUCUUGAGAUCGACGAGAAGCGUGUUAUCACCAGCACUGGUGCUAUCGCUCUUGAGCAGGUCCCUGAGACCAUGACCGUCAUUGGUGGUGGUAUCAUUGGCCUCGAGAUGGCUUCCGUCUGGUCGCGACUUGGCUCCAAGGUCACAAUUGUCGAGUUUCUCGGCCAGAUUGGUGGCCCCGGUAUGGACACUGAGAUCGCUAAGAACACCCAGAAGAUCCUCAAGAAGCAGGGUCUCGAGUUCAAGCUCAACACCAAGGUUGUCAGUGGCGACAAGUCUGGCGACAAGGUCAAGCUUGAGGUUGACUCCGCUAAGGGUGGCAAGCCCGAAUCUAUCGAGUCCGACGUCGUCCUCGUUGCCAUUGGUCGACGACCUUACACCGGCGGCCUCGGCCUUGAGAACAUUGGCCUCGAGGCUGACGACCGUGGCCGUGUCAUCAUUGACUCCGAGUACCGAACCAAGAUCCCCCACAUCCGAUGUGUUGGCGAUGUCACCUUCGGCCCUAUGCUUGCCCACAAGGCUGAGGAGGAAGCUGUUGCCGUUGUCGAGUACAUCAAGAAGGGUUACGGUCAUGUUAACUAUGGUGCCAUUCCCUCCGUUAUGUACACCCAUCCUGAGGUCGCCUGGGUCGGCCAGAGUGAGCAGGACCUGAAGAACCAGAACAUCCCUUACCGAGUCGGAACCUUCCCCUUCGUUGCCAACUCUCGAGCCAAGACCAACCAGGACACUGAGGGUAUGGUCAAGAUGCUCGCUGAUCCCGAGACUGACCGCAUUCUCGGUGUUCACAUUAUCGGCCCCAACGCUGGCGAGAUGAUCGCUGAGGGUACUCUGGCUCUCGAAUACGGUGCUUCCAGUGAGGAUAUUGCCCGAACCUGCCACGCUCACCCCACACUUGCCGAGGCCUUCAAGGAGGCUGCCAUGGCCACUCACGCCAAGGCCAUCCACUUCUAA